AUGACGUGUGGUUUAUUGUUGUGGGGUUCUGCGGCUGUCAUUCACGAUAUUUUUAUUCUACAAAAGAGAGCUGUCCGCGCUAUAUAUAAUUUACGGUCUAGAGAAUCUGUCAGAGAAAUAUUUAAAGAAAUAAAUAUUUUGACUGUUGCCUCUCAAUACAUCUAUGAAAAUUACGAUUCCUUCACAAAAAAAUGUAGUGUUCAUAAUCUUAACACAAGAAAUAAAAAUAAACUUCUAGCUUCAGACUUCAGAAAACCAAAGGAUCAUUUCUGGGUAAAUGUAUUGCUAUGUUCAAUAAAGUUCCACAAAACGUAAUUGAUCUACCUAUUGGUUUUUUGAUCAAUUAAAUUCGUAAACACGAAAUAUACCGAGGCGCAUAAUUUAAAUAGUAUAAAUUAUGCGUCUCGGUAUAUUUCGUGUUUAUGAGUAAAGGCUAUUUAUAAGGUUGAUGAUUAUUUUAAGGAUAGCAAUGCACUGAAAUAA